GCGUGUGUGGCACCCAAGAUCUGAUCAAUGCUCACCCACACAAGCCCUCUGACAUUUCCUUCCCCCUGUCCUCUUCCUUCUUUCCCCACUUGCAGUUAUAUCUAUGAGCUAGCAAGAAGGCACCCCUUCCUGUAUGCACCUACAAUCCUUUUUCUGGCUUCUCAGUAUGACAAAAUGAUUCCAUUCUGCUGCAAAGCUGACGAUGCUAGUGAAUGCUUCCAAACGAAGGCAGCGUCAAUUACAAAAGAAUUAAGGGAAAACAACUUGUUAAACCAGCAUGUUUGUGCAGUAAUGAGAAAUUUUGAACCUCGGACCUUCCAAGCCAUAACUGUUUCCAAACUGACUCAAAAGUUUCCCAAAGCAAAUUUUACGGAAAUUCAGAAGCUGGUCCUGGACGGGGUCCACAUACAUAAGGAAUGCUGCAGAGGAAAUGUACUGGAGUGUCUGCAGGAUGGGCAAGCAAUGAUGUCCUACAUCUGCUCUCAACAAGAGAAUCUGUCCAACAAAAUAGCAGAAUGCUGCAAAUUGCCCCCACUUGAACUAGCAUACUGCAUCAUUCGGGCAGAAAACGAUGACCAACCCGAGGGCCUAUCUCCAAAUCUCAGCAGGUUUUUAGGAGACAGAGAUUUCAAGCAGUUUGCUUUAAAGGAAAAAGAUAUCUUCCUGGCAAGUUUCACUCAUGAAUAUUCAAGACGCCAUCCCGAGCUUGCGGUCCCAGUGAUUCUGAGAGUAGCCAAAGGAUACCAGGAAUUAUUGGAGAAGUGCUCCCAGGCUGAAAACCGUCUUGAAUGCCAGGAUAAAGGCGAAGAAGAAUUAGAGAAAUACAUCCAGGAGAGCCGGGCAUUGGCAAAGCGAAGCUGUGGUCUCUUCCAGAAAUUAGGAGAAUAUUAUUUUCAAAAUGCGCUUCUCGUUGCUUACACCAAGAAAGCCCCUCAGUUGACCACACCGGAGCUGAUAGCCAUCACCAGGACAAUGGCAGCCACUGGGGCUUCUUGCUGCCAGCUCGGCGAGGACAAACAGCUGGCCUGUGGUGAAAACGCAGCUGACCUGAUUAUUGGACAAUUAUGUAUCAGGCAUGAAACAAGUCCUGUAAACCCUGGCGUUGGCCAGUGCUGCGCAUCUUCAUAUGCCAACAGGAGACCUUGCUUUAGCAACUUGCUGGUGGAUGAAACCUAUGUCCCUCCAGAGUUCUCUGCUGCCAAGUUCCACUUCCAGAAGGAUCUGUGCCAAGCUCAGGGUGUAGCACUGCAAAUGAGGAAGCAAGAGUUUCUGAUAAACUUUGUCAAGCAAAUGCCACAAAUCAGAGAGGAACAACUCGAGGCGGUCAUUGCGGACUUCUGUGGCCUGUUGGAGACGUGCUGCCAAGCCCAGGACCAGGAUGUCUGCUUUGCGGAAGAGGGCCCCAAACUGAUCGCCAAAACUCGUGCUGCUUUGGGAGCUUAAGUUACUCCAGGGAGAAGACAAAAUGACAUCUGAUGGUUGGGUGUGAACGUUUUCCGUUAAUCUUCACAAAAUGAUGAAGAUUUUUAUGUCAUACUUACCCAUUCUAAAAAUAAAGUGUCUACACAUA